GCGCGGUAGUGUGCACUGCCUGUUCAUUUCCUAGUCGCUCCCUUGAUGGCCCGCUUACAACAUCUGUGUGAGCGGGUCCUAACAAUUUGGCGCGUAAUUAUUUUUAAUUCAGUGCAGUUGAGGUGACAAGUGAUAGUGCCUUAAGUGACAGUGACACGGAUUUUCGGAACGUUACCAAAUGUAAAUCAGCCAGGAUUAUUACAACGGUCCGGUCCAUAAAUCCUUAUCAAUUUUAUUUUAGAUAACUUCUCUCUUCUGCUUUUCUUUUCUUUUUACAGAUUGUUUUAUUCGUGAGUUACAACAGUGCCUUAAUAUGUUUUUUUGAAACGGGAAGCAAAAUUAAACGGAGACCACGGCGGCAAAAUGCCAAAAAACUUGUUGCUUUUUAAAAAGUUAAUACCUGAGUUGAACUUUGCUAAGCGAAAUCUUACUUCGCCUUUAGGCCGGAAUAUAUACAUCAGUUAACAAGCCCCUCAACCAAGUUGAAUAACAGUGCCAUAGAGUUUUUUUUUCGAAGAAAAAACAACUUAUGGUGAAACGGAACGUUGCCUUACCGACAAAGUCGAUUGGUUUUUUUUAAACACCAAAAUCCAUAGUGAUACUAGUGUAAUUCGAAAUGCGAAUUCGAUUCGCGGUACACUGGCCGAAAAUUACUUAAAAAGUUUGAAAGUUUGAAGAAAGAUCAUGAUGAAUAACAACCAAUUCCACGAGUUGUUUGGGUCUCAGUGGCCUCCUGAUCAGCACGGGGGUCACUCGUCGGCCUCGACGAUGCUGCAUCAGCAGGGGCUUCCCCAAGGAAUGCAGAUGAAGAGGGAGCCUCACAGCGAGGUCCAAGGGGUGAUGAAUCAAAUGGGGAUGGACAUAUCAGGAUCAGUGGCUGACAGCACCUCCCCCCCUCCCGGCAAUAGCGACGGGAUGUUCGGGUCAUCGAUCUCAGGAAUGUUCAUGGACAAGAAAUCCGCCAACUCUAUUAGAGCUCAAAUUGAGAUCAUACCUUGCAAGGUGUGCGGUGACAAGUCGUCAGGAGUGCACUAUGGGGUGAUAACCUGCGAGGGAUGCAAGGGCUUCUUCAGGCGGUCACAGAGCACAGUGGUGAAUUACCAAUGUCCUCGGAACAAGGCGUGCGUCGUCGACCGCGUCAACCGCAACCGUUGCCAGUACUGCCGACUGCAGAAGUGCUUGAAGCUGGGUAUGAGUCGCGAUGCUGUCAAAUUCGGACGCAUGUCAAAGAAACAACGCGAGAAGGUCCAAGAGGAAGUUAAGCAGCAUCAAGCUGCCCAACAGCUGAGGGCUCACAUUGACGCGGCACCGGACUCUGUCUACGAUGCCCAGCGACAGACUCCCAGCUCAAGUGAUCAGUUCCAUGGACAUUACAACGGCUACCCCAACUACGGGUCUCCACUUUCGUCGUACGGGUACAACAAUACGGCGCCGCUUGCGACAAAUAUGAGCGGAAUACACACACAGCAGCCACAACAGUACGACGUAUCGGCCGAUUACGUCGACUCUACGACGUACGAGCCAAAGCAGACGCCGUUUCUUGACACAGAUUUCAUUGGGAACGAGGAACAGCAAAAGUCGACAACAAUUCGACCGACGCCGCCGACAUCGUCACCAAAUCCGACGCGACAAAUGGAACGACAGUACGACAGAUACGAAGAGCGAAUACAAUCCCCUGUAUCUAUAUCAAGCGGCGUAAUAAACAUAAAACAAGAGAUAAAACCUGAAACAACGAUGGGCGUCGACAAUCUCGUCGCGAGCUACGUCGAUUCGACGACGUUCUUGAACAGUCCGACGAUUCAGAGUUCGAUGGACAUGCAGAAUUCAGUUUUAGUCAGUCAGAAUUCAGUCUGCGAAGAAUUGAGUCCUGAAGAGUCGUCAAACAGAUUGAUGGACCCCAUGAAUAUGAAUAUUGGUAUGGGAAUGGUGAAUCCCAAUGCUGUUUCCCGGAGACAGGCUGGCUCCAGCUCUUCAAAUGAUGACUUGCCUUCUGAAGGUGACAUCAGUAAGGUGCUGGUGAAGAGUUUGGCUGAAGCUCACGCUAACACAAAUACUAAGUUGGAAUAUAUUCACGAAAUGUUUAGAAAACCACCGGAUGUGCCUAAAUUAUUGUUCUACAAUUCAAUGACGUAUGAGGAGAUGUGGCUGGAUUGCGCAGGCAAGCUGACCGCCAUUAUACAGAACAUCAUAGAGUUCGCUAAACUCAUACCAGGCUUUAUGAAGCUCAGUCAAGAUGACCAGAUCCUACUGCUGAAAUCAGGAUCCUUUGAGCUGGCCAUAGUUCGUCUCUCGCGGCUAAUUGACAUCAACAGAGAUCAGGUUUUAUACGGAGACGUGAUUCUCCCCAUCAGGGAAUGUGUACAUGCACGUGACCCACGCGACAUGGCGCUUGUGUCGGGUAUAUUCGACGUCGCGAAGUCGAUCGCAAGACUCAAACUGACUGAGACUGAACUGGCUUUAUAUCAGAGCCUUGUAUUGCUGUGGCCAGAGCGACACGGCGUGCGCGGCAACUCAGAGAUACAAUGUCUGUUCAACAUGUCGAUGGCUGCAAUGCGCCACGAGAUCGAGACCAACCAUGCGCCAAUCAAGGGUGACGUCACAGUGCUCGACACGCUCCUGGCCAAGAUACCAACGUUCAGAGAACUAUCGCUGAUGCAUUUGGAGGCUCUCUGCCGCUUCAAGACAGCCCAUCCCCAUCACGUUUUCCCAGCUUUAUACAAAGAAUUAUUUUCUUUAGACAACGUAUUAGACUACACACACGGAUAAUAAACGUUUUCUCAGGUCGCGACAUUGACACGAAGCUCAUUCGUUAUUGUUACUGUAUUUAUAAUGUAUGUAUGUACAUUGAGACUGUUAUGCUAUUUAUGUACGUACAACUGAAAUGUUUAUUUAAUUCGAUUCGAGGUAUGAAUGAGCUACGUCGGAAAAUAUUUGUCUUGGAGUACACGAUUUUUCAAUUGGGGCCUUGUUUUUAUAAAACUGUUUCGUUUUAGUUGCGGUCUAACUUAAUGCUUUUCCAUUUGCAACUUUAUUCAGCCACAAAUAAGACGCUUAAAAAUCACCACAACCAAACGGUUAAUAUGCGUGUUAAAUUAAACGCGUUAACGUUAUAUUAUUAUGUUGUCAAAAAAUUAAUUCAGUAUUGAUAUUUAUACUGUAAGAACUUGUGUUUUAUACAAUAACAAACUGGGAAAUAAAAUGUUAUAGUAAUUAAAUCUUGUUGUAUCUAAGAUUUGAAUAUUAUACAUAUUUGGGAACGCCAAUGAAUGACGAAUUUCGUGUAGUCUGGAUAUCAACGGAAAUGACGAUGAAAUAAUAAUUAUUAUAUAAAUAUAUUAUAGCUAUAGAGUUUUUAUUGAUAAUAAAAGAUUAUAAAGGUGUAGUCUACAUUUACACAACGUAAGCAAAACGUCUUAUUGUAGGUAUUUUUAUUUUAACAGUUUUUUUUGGUAAUUUGUUAUUUAUUUUAAAUGAUUAUUAAUAUUGAUGUUAUUUUCGAUGUAUCUUUUAUUUGUAAUAUAGGAAUACAGAUACUGCCCGAGUUAAUUUGUAGGUUUUUUUAGCUUUUUACGAAGUGUCGAACACAUAUGGAGGAAUAUUAAUGUAAUGUUUAAUAUUAAGUUGCUUAUUGAACAAAUUCGAGCAAUGUAUAUUAUUAGAUUCAAAUCUUAUUGCGAUUAUAAUGUCUAUUAUAAAAGUGUCAUGUUUUACAUUCCACUUUAAUAAUAGUCAUUGAAUUCUGUUUUUAAAUAACCUUGAAAUACAGAUUAAAAUACUUUAUAUUAAUGAAUCGUUCGUAAUAAGAUUUGGUUUUAACAUCUUUUGUUUCAGCAGGCAAUUGGUUUCUUGCAUAAUCAUGAUCUCAUGCACUUUUCUAGUGCCAUUAAAAAUUCUGUCAUAAUAAAGCACACACAACGCAUAAUAAAUAAAUAAUAAUUUUUUCUAAGACUUUGUUUUUUAACUUGACUUCGGUGGUAAUAUCGGUUAGUGCGUUGACCAUAUGAGUUUACAAAUACGUAUAUUUUCUAGCAUAACUCUACAUACGACAUUUGCGAUGUUUCAUGACAAAAUCGUUUUCAUUUACGCCGUAUCUAUCGACGCUUCUGAAAAAUCGAUUAUCAUUAUCGAUAAUGUCAAUUUUCGUUUGACUAUUGUAAAUAGUCGUAUGUUGGGCUAUGUCGUAACACAUACGUAAGUGUUCUUUUUGUAAUUGCCUGCUAAGUUAUUUAGAAUUAAUUAUCAAUUUUUCUAACACUAUGCUAAGUUUCGUGAAAUAGCCUUUACUAUAGACUGGUUAUAUUAAUGUUAAAAUUAACUUAACACGUAUUUGUAAAUAGUUAUUACUUAUUAAUUCAUAUGUAUUUUAUAUUAAAUAUCAUAUAACGGUUCGAUGGGUUAUUUUUAAUUUUUACAUUCUAUAUUAAAGUUUAAAAAACAAAUUUUCCACUGCGACUUUCGGCCGCAUUGCAGAAUGUUGUUUUUUUAAUUUUUUUAUUUCUAUAUAUUAUAUAUUUUUUGUUAAUAAAGCAAUCUGUUAUCGUCUA